AAAGAAGCAUCGUCGCAGCUUGAUGAGCUAUGGCUAGUCGGUGACGACGACAACGAUCCACUCAACGCGUUGCAGACAAGGCGCGAAAGAAGAGAGGAGAAGUGCGAUUACUCUGUGGGGAAAUGGAGCUACGACGAAACGUAUCCGCUCUAUGAAUCAAACUGUCCAUAUCUGAGCUCUGCGUUAAGCUGCCAGAGAAAUGGAAGACCUGACUCUCAUUACCAGAAAUGGAGAUGGAUCCCUAAGGAUUUAACUCCAAAUGGUAAUUGCAUGAGGAAUAAAUGGUUUGACGCAUUGAAAUUUCUGGGGAAAAUGAGGAAGAAAAGAAUAAUGCUGGUUGGAGAUUCAAUGAUGAGGAACCAGUGGGAGUCUCUUGUCUGCUUAGUAGAGUCUGUUAUUCCCACUCAUCGUAAGAAAGUCACUUACAAUGGUCCUACAAUGUCUUUCCAUUCUCUGGAUUUUGAGACAUCAAUUGAGUUCUGUUGGGCUCCUCUGCUUGUAGAACUCAAGAAAAGAGACGACAGCAAAAGAGUGUUGCAUUUGGACUCAAUCGAAGACAAUGCUAGAUAUUGGCGAGGCGUCGAUGUUCUUGUAUUCGACUCUGCUCACUGGUGGACUCACUCUCAGAAACGGAGUUCGUGGGACUAUUACAAAGAUGCGAACGAGCUCUUAAAAGCUAUGGACCCAAUGGUUGCUUACGAGAGAGGACUCACCACAUGGGCUAAAUGGGUAGAGAUUAAUCUUGAUCCAUCCAAAACCAAAGUCAUUUUCCGCACCAUCUCACCGAGAGAGAGUGGUCAAAAGUGCUACAACCAGAGACAUCCCUUGCCUUCUUCUUCCAGCAAACCGCACGUUCCUAACCAGUCAAGAGUGUUGAAGAAAGUGAUUAUGAGAAUGAAAUACAGAGUGUACCUGCACGAUAUCACAACAAUGUCGGCGUAUAGGAGAGAUGGGCAUCCUUCGGUGUUCAAGAGAGCAAUGCGUGAGGAAGAGAAGCAUCAUCGUCUCUCUGGACCUUCGUCAGAUUGUAGUCACUGGUGCUUGCCUGGUGUCCCGGAUAUCUGGAAUGAGAUGCUUUCUUCAAUUAUCUUAACCAAA